CACUUGUCUUGACUUGUUGUGUGCGAGUUUUGCCGGGAGCUUCGGCGCUUCGCCCGGACGGGAGCCGCGCGUUCGUCCGCGCUCGCGCCGCCCACCCGCUCACUCACUCACUCACUCACUCACCCACCCCCGCGACCCCGCAACCAUGGCGCUCCGCGCGAGGGCUCUCUACGACUUCAACUCCGAGAACCCGGGCGAGAUCUCGGUGCGCGAGAACGAGAUGGUGACCCUGUACUGCGAGCAGGACAUCGAGGGCUGGUUGGAGGGGGUGAACAGCCGCGGGGAGAGGGGGCUCUUUCCUGCCUCCUACGUGGAGAUCCUGAAGAGCCCGGCGCCGAGCUACGGCGGUGCGCCCGACGGCUACCAGGGUUCGAGGUACGCCAACGUGCCCGGCGCGCCCUACGAGCCCCCGUACAGGUCCCACGUCGCGGAGGGGAGCCUCUCUAGGGCCACCGCUGGCGGCUUCCCCGGCUUCUCGGCUCCCGUGCAGCAGCAGCAUCAGCAUCAGCAGCCGCCGAGUUACCAGCCCAGCCAGGGCAGCGACGACGACUGGGACGACGACUGGGACGACAGCUCCACCGUGGCGGACGACCCCGGCGGCGUGGGGGGCGCUUAUCCGGACUACGACGGGAACGGCCCUGCCGCGGGGAUGAACUACAGCGUGUCCACCUCCUCGAUGCCCCGAGGCGGGAGCGCACCUCAGGCAAAGAGUUCGGCCACGGUGGGCAGGAACCUCAACCGUUUCUCCACCUUCGUGAAAUCGGGCGGCGAGGCCUUCGUCUUGGGCGAAGCGUCCGGUUUCGUGAAGGACGGGGACAAGAUCUGCGUCGUCACGGGCCAGUACGGACCCGAGUGGCAGGAGAACCCGUACCCGUUCGCGUGCUCCAUCGACGACCCGACCAAGCAAACCAAAUUCAAGGGCAUGAAGAGCUACAUGUCGUAUAAACUGACGCCGAGCCACACGCAGAGCCAGGUGCACAGGAGGUACAAGCAUUUCGAUUGGCUCUACGCCCGCCUGGUGGAGAAGUUCCCGGUGAUCUCGGUCCCUCACCUGCCCGAGAAGCAGGCCACCGGCAGGUUUGAGGAGGACUUCAUCUCCAAGCGGAGGAAAGGCCUGAUAUGGUGGAUGAACCACAUGACCAGUCACCCAGUGCUGGCCCGCUGCGACGUCUUUCAGCACUUCCUCACCUGCAGCAGCACGGACGAGAAGGCUUGGAAACAAGGGAAGCGAAAGGCGGAAAAGGAUGAGAUGGUGGGCGCCAACUUCUUCCUCACCAUCAGCACGCCUGCGGCCCCCCUAGACCUGCAGGACGUGGAGAGCAAGAUCGACGGCUUCAAGACCUUCACCAAGAAGAUGGACGACAGCGUGUUGCAGGUCAAUGCCACCCUCAGCGAGUUUGCCCGGAAGCAGAUUGCGGGGUUUAAGAAGGAGUAUCAGAAGGUGGGGCAGUCCUUCAAAAUCCUCAGCCAGGCCUUCGAGCUGGACCAACAGGCCUACUCUGCCGGUUUGAACCAUGCAAUCGCGUACACGGGUGAUGCGUACGAUGCCAUCGGAGAGUAUUUCGCUGACCAGUCAAGGCACGAUGUGGAUCCUAUGCUGGACCUCCUGGCUCUCUACCAGGGUCACCUCGCUAACUAUCCAGACAUAAUUCACGUGCAGAAAGGUGCCCUGACCAAGGUGAAGGAGAGCCAGAAGCAUGCGGAGGAGGGUAAGAUGGAGCGCCCGCAGGCAGACGGUAUCCGUGAGCGCUGCAACAUCAUCUCCUUUGCCACGCUGGCCGAGAUGCAGCACUUCCACCAGAUCCGCGUUCGGGACUUUCGGGCCCAAAUGCAGCAAUACCUACGAGAGCAGAUUGGCUUCUUCCAGAAGAUCACCAGCAAGCUGGAGGACGCCCUGCGGAAGUAUGACAGUGCCUAGGACACCAACCGCUUCGAGUGCGAGCGCAAGCCCACCCUCGCAUCGCAAAACUUGCCUCUUGCCCCCGCAGUUUGAAGACAGGUGGAUAUCAAGUUCACUGCUUUAGCAAUACAGUUAAGAGGCAGAGUGUUCACCUUUAUUAGAUGCACCUGGAUUUCACAUGGUCACUUGUUUUACUUAAGGGUGGCAAAAUAGGUUCAAAUUUUGUUUUAUACCUUACUCUGGAAACGCAUUUCUGGGGUGAUGGAGUUCAUGAUUUGCGAAGGCUGUCUCUGUCACGGUAAAGCUGCCGCAGGCUUAAUUUACCACAGGGGUUCAGCAGCACAGGUGAAAGGGCGAGCGUAUGCUGCGUUAACAUAGUCAGGUGUUGAAUUCAAGUGUAGCUUACAUUGUGAGAGCACAUUGUACCGUUGCUUAUAUUAUCAAAAUAAGUUUUAAUUAGUUGACACUUAUAGGCUUAACCAUGAUAUUAUUAAAGUUUUUAAUGUUUUUGUCUCAAGCCUCCUGAAGAUGCGUGUAUGUCAGAUUGGGGGAUGUAUAUCGGUAUGUUUCGCACCAUUGACUGGCCUUCCAAGACUUCCUUGGAUGCUCCUUUGAUACUGACAUGUUUUCUCCAAAACUGAAAAGAAAUGUUUACAGUUCCCCAGCAGAGCAGCUGUCAUCACGGUCUGUGCCUUUCAAUAAUGCUUAGUCAGUAUCCUUUCUAACUUAAGAGAUAUAUAUUUGUUUCAAAGAUCCUUUUUAUGAUGUUUUAAUUAGAUAGAAAUGGAAAAUGGCAUCACCUUCCUGACUGCAGUAGUUUGUGGGGAAGGGGGUGUGUCUUGUUGGCUUUGAAGCUCCUCCUCCUGAAAGAGCGAAGCCCCUCCCUUCAAGACAGACCAUGUGUCCAUGAAAGUAGGUUAAGAUCCUUCGUAGGGUUAUAUAUCGAUUUCUUCAGAACCCUAUGCGGAAUCAUGAAGGGAAGUGAUAGAACAUGGAAGGGCAUGAAGUAUCAAUAUGGGAAAUGUGAAGAUAUCACCCGUCUCUUCCCGGUAACAAUUGUCAACAAUGAACAGUGACAACAAUCAAGGCGUCAGCUUGCAGGUAAAGAAUUCUCUGACAGCCCGGGACUCUUGGCCGUUUGAAGGCCACGCUGUGGGCCAUUUCUUCAUCAGGCCUCAUGGAAUUGAGCACCUUACUUUUGAACCAGUGGAAAGGGCUGGUUAUUCAGAACAUUCCUUGUUUGUGUUUUAAGACUUGCGCAGUUGGACAUUUAUUCACUGCCCCACGCUGUGCUGCCAUAUAGCGCUGCACAAACAAAACCUCGUCCCUGAGGUGUGGAGACCAGUACAUAAUCAAAGUGAAGAAAACAAGGCUCUGCAAAAAGUUGUCAGCAUUUUUACUGCUGACGUUAUCAGCUGCCUCAUCGGAAGGACUUUUUUUUUUUUUGUAUUGACGUUAGGCAACGUUCCCUAACCUGACAGUUCAGUUAUAAUCGGUUUAAGUUUCACAGUUCUGCUCCGUUAACAGUGGACAGUUUGAAUCAAAAAGUAUCUGCUGUUUGAAUGACUGCAAAAUAAAAAAGUUUGAAUCAUUCCGAUUCACUUGUUGAAUGUUAGCAUGAACCAAAUAUAGAAAUGCCCGAGGAAGUCCAUAUGUCAAAGUGUGACCAAAGACUGGUGUAAAGCCACAAAAUUGGCACCCAGGUGCUUUGUUGUGGCAACUAAUCCAGGUACCUGAUACUGUGUACUAAUUCCUAACCCUACCAUCAACUACUCAUAUGCACCACUAGGUGUUUUUUUUUCUCCAUGUGUCCAACAGUGAGACCUCUUCUGGAACUUACAUUUAUUAAGUUAUGUUUGCAUUUAUGUUG